CCGGCGCGCGCCAGAGGUCCUGCACAGCUGCCGCCGCCGCCUGGAUGCCAGAGGCUCCCCGGGAGCCGGCGGCCAAGGGCACUCAGCGGCAGCUGGAGGAGGAAGAAGACGGACUGGGGGAAGAAGAGGGCGACGAUCCCGUGCGCGGAGCGGGGCCUUUCCAGCCCGCUCGCCCUGGCCAUGGCCUCCAACUUUAACGACAUAGUCAAGCAAGGCUACGUGAAAAUCCGCAGCAGGAAGCUCGGGAUUUUCAGAAGAUGUUGGCUGGUUUUCAAGAAAGCUUCUAGUAAAGGGCCUAGAAGGCUAGAAAAGUUUCCAGAUGAGAAGGCAGCAUAUUUCAGAAAUUUUCACAAGGUAACAGAGUUACACAACAUCAAAAAUAUAACCAGACUGCCUCGAGAAACCAAGAAGCAUGCAGUAGCAAUUAUCUUUCAUGAUAAGACGUCAAAGACAUUUGCCUGUGAGUCAGAACUUGAGGCAGAAGAGUGGUGCAAACACCUUUGUAUAGAAUGUCUUGGAACUAGACUUAAUGAUAUAAGCCUUGGUGAGCCUGAUCUACUUGCUGCUGGAGUUCAAAGAGAACAAAAUGAACGAUUCAACGUAUAUCUUAUGCCUACACCAAAUUUAGAUAUCUAUGGUGAAUGUACAAUGCAGAUCACACAUGAAAACAUUUACCUCUGGGAUAUCCAUAAUGCUAAGGUUAAAUUGGUCAUGUGGCCUCUCAGUUCUUUGAGAAGAUAUGGACGUGAUUCAACAUGGUUCACUUUUGAAUCUGGAAGGAUGUGUGACACAGGAGAAGGGCUAUUUACCUUUCAGACAAGGGAAGGUGAGAUGAUCUAUCAGAAAGUCCAUUCUGCAACAUUGGCAAUAGCUGAGCAACAUGAAAGAUUGAUGAUGGAGAUGGAACAGAAAGCACGGCUUCAGACCAGUUUGACUGAACCAAUGACAUUACCUAAGUCAAUUUCACUUCCUCGUAGUGCAUACUGGCAUCACAUCACUCGGCAGAACAGUGUGGGAGAAAUAUACAGUUUACAAGGGCACAGUCUUGCAAAGGUGGCUCGUGCACAGACAUUUCCCAGCUACACCUCAGAGCAGGAUGAGGAGCAUGAGCCGCGCCUGUCCCUUUCCAGCAGCUAUGGAUUCAGCUACAGCUCGGGCCUUGUCCAAUGACAUACAUCUGGUGUCUGAACAGAGAGACACUGUAACGUGGAACCUGCCUGCAGGCCCUGGAAGCCACUGAUCUUUCCUUAGGUGUCCACAGAAGACAGUUGGUCAUGAAAACUGAGAAUCCUCCAGCCUGGUGACAGUGGAAGUGAAAACUUGGAUCACUGCUUCCUUGAGGCAGAAGUCUAAGUCUUUUAUUUAUUUAAAUUUUAUAGUUGUUUUUGUCCAUGUUUUUUAAAAAAGAAGAAUUCCCUUGAAAAUCAUGGAUGUAUGCAGUUGAUGUUUCUGCAUAACCACAUACAUUAUGUGCUCUAAGAGGGUGGAUGUCAUGUUUGCAAUAUUAGGCUUUUGCCAGUUGAUCAGCUCUGCCAUCAAAUUUGCUUGUCCAUGACAGUAACCACUUUUAUCUCCUAGGCAUCAGCCUGGCUCAUUCUUACAUGUUACAAAACUUUAAAGGGUUUGGAAGGAUUCCUUCUAGUAAUUAUGCACAUUUUAGUCCCAUUAACCUCCAUGGGAUUUAUGCAUGUAUAUCUUUAGGACUAUAGCCUAAAGUUUCACUUGUGAGAAGAAGCCAGUGACGCUUAAUCAGAUUCUCAUUAUUAAAAUUAAUACCCAAGAUAGAUAAAUAGAUAGAUACUGUCAAUGGGAUGGCAUGGUGAUGCUUAGUAGCCUUUCAGAAAAUAGAUUGUGUUGUGUAUUAAGAGGUAAUUUGCCUAGAAUAUUUGCCACACUGAUUUUUUAUGCCCAGAUUUGCUCUUAUCUAUGUGCAUUCUGAACCUAAUAAUCCACAGCUUUCUACUGGGAACAAUGGUUAUAGAUGUCAAGGAAGACCGUGUUACAAUACACUUGUUGAAGUCUUCCUUUUGUAGAUAAUUUUUGGAUAGUUGAAUUUAUAGUCAGUAUACUUUUAACUCUGUAUACUGUGCAGGUAAGAAUUGACAUCACAUUACUUGAUGGCAGCCCAACAUUCCAUAGUUUUACACAGCAAGAUGCUUGGCUGGCAGAAUAAUUUCACGAGCAGUUGCCUUUAUUGAGGUCUUUUAGGUACAAUAUGGAUUUUCUCUCUUCCUUAUCAGCAUUUCUUUUGUGGUGGAUUCCCUGUACUAAUAUCUCACUCAGUUUUAUCCCAGGUCAUACGUACAGAUACAUUUUGCACUCAUCUAUUACAUUGAAGGUAGUCCUCACUUAACAACCACAAUUGGGACUGACAACUCCCUCACUAAGUGAUGCUGUCAUUAAGCUAGA